GUUCUGUUGUGUUAUUUGGGCGAAACUAAGUCUGACUUUUCAAGAUUCAGCCGUUGAUCGAUCGAUCGAUCGGACUUCUCAGCUACAUCGAUUGGGUGAUGAUGGCGAGUGGAAGUGGUGAUAAGAAUCAACUGAAACUGUAUUCGUACUGUAGGAGCUGUUGCUCCUACCGUGUCCGUACUGCCCUCAAUUUGAAAGGGUUGAAAUACGAGUAUAAAGCAGUUGACUUGUUGAAGGGAGAGCAAUUCAGUCCAGAGUUUACAGAGCUCAAUCCUAUUGGCUACGUGCCAGUGCUCGUGGAUGGGGAAAUCAUAGUCGACUCUUUCGCCAUCAUAAUGUAUUUAGAAGAGAAAUAUCCUCAGCAUCCAUUGUUGCCUCAAGAUCUUCAGAAAAUAGGCAUCAAUUACCAGGCUGCCAAUAUUGUUUCCUCAGGCAUACAGCCUUUUCAAAAUUUAGCUACACUGAAAUACAUUGAGGAGAAAGUUGGUCCUGGUGAGGACCUUUCCUGGGCUAAGCAUCAUAUUACAAAAGGCUUUGCAGCACCUGAAAAGUUACUAAAGGGCCAUGCAGGAAGUUAUGCAACUGGAGAUGAAGUUUUCCUGGCGGAUCUGUUUCUAGCGCCUCAGAUGCAUGGAUCAAUUAAAUGGUUCAAUGUUGACAUGACUCAAUUCCCUCUCUUAUCAAGGUUGAACGAGGAAUACAAUAAAAUACCAGCUUUCCCGGACGCUAUGCUGGAAAAUCAGCCAGAUAAUCCUCUUGCAAGCGCUGUUUAAAUCAAUGGAUUGUGAAACCAGCUGUUAUGAGCCAUUUCCUAUCCAUCUUGUGUAUUGUAUGUGUAAGAAAUGGCCAGCAUCCGAUCUUAAAAUUGCAGAAUAAAGUGCCACACGAUCAAGCUUUGAGGGACACUUUCCAAAGUUUAUUGGUAUCUGGUGUUUCAAUAAACGUCGAUGCGUCAUGCAAUAUAAUAAUGGGAACAUAUAUUGAGAGUUAAAUGAUAACUAUAAUUACCAGUUUGGAUUUA